GUUUUUAUUUCUAGAUCUAGAUUUUUGCAUUAGCUUUUAAUCUUUUGCUAAAAAAUCAUAAAUUUUAAUAAAUAAACCAUAAUGAGUGAACCAAGAUCUAAACAAUUCGAAAACAUAUUUUAUGGGCUUUCUAAUACCCCAGGUAUCCUUAAGCUUGCUCCAAGCGGGAUUGGUUGGAAAACUUCUGAUUCAGAAAACAUAGUAACGAUUUCGGCUGAGGAGUUCAAGAAAAUGCAAUGGAUGCGCGUUGCUAGGAAUUAUCAAUUACGCAUUGCAUUAAAAAAUGGGAACGCGGCUAGAUUUGAUGGUUUUAAUAAAGACAUGUUUGAUGCUGUAAGAGAUCUUAUUCGAACUAAUUAUAAGUUACAGCUUGAGACAAAAGAUCUUAGUGUUAGAGGUUGGAAUUGGGGUAAAACAGAAUUUCAAGGGUCACAACUACUUUUUAAUAUAAAUAAUAAAACGGCGUUUGAGGUCCCUUUAUCACAAGUUGCAAAUAGUAAUCUUGCUAAUAGAAAUGAAGUCAAUAUUGAAUUCACGCAACCAGAUACGACGGAAGAGUCACAAGGCAAAAGUAAAAAAUCUUCAAUGCAUGAACUAGUAGAAAUGAGAUUCUAUAUACCUGGAACCAUGAUUGUCAAGGAUGAAAAUGAAGAAAAUGAAAAGAAAGAGGAAGGAGAAGAAGAAGAAGAAGAAGAAGAUGGAGAGGAAAUGAGCGCGGCACAAUUAUUCUAUGAGACUGUCAAAGAUAAAGCAGAUCUUGGACAAGUUUCUGGAGAAGGACUUGCCUUAUUCCAAGAUAUUCUUCUUCUUACACCUCGUGGUCGGUAUGAUAUCGAAGUUUUCCCUACUUUCUUCCGGUUAAGAGGUAAAACAUAUGACUAUAAAAUUCAAAUGGCAGCUGUUGUGAACUUGUUUUUACUGCCAAAACUAGAUGAAGUUCAUGAGUUGUUUGUUAUUGGGCUUGAACCACCAUUGAGACAGGGUCAAACUCUAUACCAUUUUCUCGUCUUGCAAUUUAAGCAAGAUGACGAAAAGGAAUUAGUUUUAAAUAUCGAAGAAGAGGAUUUAAAACAAGAAUAUGGAGAUAGAUUACUUCCCAGAUAUGAAUGUCCUAUUCACGAAGCUGUUAGUGCUGUUUUUCAAGGACUCACAAAGAAGAAGAUAAAUCGACCCUCAACAUUCACAAGUAAGCAUGAAGAUGUAGCUGUAAAAGCUUCUUUGAAAGCGAAUGAAGGUUACCUUUAUCCGCUUGAAAAAUGUUUCUUAUUCGUUCCAAAACCUCCAACAUAUCUUCCAUUCUCGGAGAUAUUAAGUGUUACAUUCUCCAGAGUAUCUGCGAGUCUAACCAAAAAGAAUGAUCUGGGAGGACCGAGAACAUUUGAUAUGAAAUUCAAUAUGAGAAGUGGUACAGAAUUUGGGUUCUCCAGUCUUAAUCGGGAAGAAUAUGAAGUUUUAGAAUUGUACCUAAGAUCCAAAAAUAUAAAGACGAUAAAAGACACAGCAGAUGAAACUGCAUUGUCAUAUUCUGAAUUUAUGAAAGAACUUGAUGAUGAUGAUGAUGAGGUUAUGCCCGCCGCUAAACGACGUAAGAGUGAAUCGGUUGAUCCAGAUGACGAAGAUUCAGAAAUGGAUGAGGAUUUCGUUGCCAGUAGUGAAGAGAGUGAUGUGGCAGAAGAAUAUGAUGAAAAUUAUUCAGGCAGUGAAUCAUCGGAAGACGAGAAAAAAAGCAAGAAAAAAACCUCAAAGCCAAAAUCAGGAAAAACAGGAUAGGUUUUUCCUGAAUUCUAGAUUUUUUCUAAAAAAUAAAUUUGAAAUUUUAUAACAGAUAAUUUUAUAAAAUUUAUUAUAUUAUUUGGGUGAAUGCUAAUAAAAAUUUCAAAUUCUAAAGAAAAUUU